AUGAGCUACAUCGUCCGCCGUGGUCUCUCGACCCUGAUCCCUCCCAAGAUCGCCUCCCCCAACGCCAUCGGUGCUGCCCAGGAUGCUGCCCGUAUGGAGCGCGUUGUGAACUUCUACGCUGGUCUUCCCCGUGGCCCUGCCCCCCAGGCUAAGGCUACCGGUCUCAUCGGCCGCUACCAGGCCCGCUACUUCAACGGCAAGAACGCCUCCGGUGUUCCCCUUGUCCACGCCAUUGGCGGUAUUCUGAUCCUCGGCUACAGCAUGGAGUACUACUUCCACCUGCGCCACCACAAGAACCACCCCCACUAA